GUGUUAGAAAUUGAAUUCAGUAGAGUGUACACAAACUUAAUUUCUUACCUGAGUGGAGUGUACGCAGAUUUAAAAAGUCUCUCUCUCUCUCUCUGCAGCUGUUGUUUCAGACUUUCAGUUACAAUGCUUUUCUUUGCGUGUUAGCUGGCUGAACUACCGAAUCAAAGCAAGAUGGAGUGUUUCCUGACAGAGUUGGGGAAGACACUUACGGAGAAAGUGCUAAACAAGACAAUAGAAAAAUCAAGCAAUAUAUUUUGCUUCACAUGCAUUGUUAAAGAAUUCAAUGAAGAAAAGGAGAAGUUGGAAGCAGGAAGGGCAACUUUGAGGGAACAGUUUCAAGUGGCUACCAAUAAAGGAAAAGGUAUCAAAGCUGAUGCUCGAUUUUGGGAAAAACAUGCUGGCAAGCAUAUUCAAGAGAACACCGAGACAAAAAAGAGUUGUUUUUUUGGAUUUUGCCCUGAUUGUAUUUGGAGAUAUAAAAGGGGAGAAGAGUUGGCAACAAAGACAAAGGAGAUUAGAAAACUAAUGAAAGAAAAAUUUGAAAAUGUUGAACUUGAUCGUCAUCUUCCAGGUGUUGAGCGUUAUUCUUCUCAAGAUUACAUUUCUUUUGAAAGCAGAAAGUUGAAAUACAAAGAGCUUUUAGAUGCACUAAGAGAUGACAACAAUUAUUUAUCUGGAUUGCAAGGAAUGGGGGGCACAGGAAAAACUACAUUGGCAAAAGAAGUGGGUAAACAACUUAAGACAUUGGAGCAAUUCGAUCAUGUCAUCGAUACCACAGUGUCAUUUACUCCUGAUAUAAAAAAGAUUCAAGAUGAUAUUGCUGGGCCCUUAGGAUUGAAAUGGGAGGACAUUAGUGAAUCAGGCCGACCUAAAAAGUUGUGGAGCAGAUUAACCAAUGGUGAGAAAAUUCUGCUGAUAUUGGAUGAUGUGUGGGGAAAUCUCAAUUUUGAUGACAUAGGGAUUCCAAAGAGUGAUAAUCACAAAGGAUGCAAAUUACUUGUAACCACACGCAAUCUGAGGGUUUGCAACCAAAUGGUAUGUGAAAAGACAAUUCAACUAGAUCUCUUGAAUGAAGAAGAGGCAUGUAGUAUGUUCAAAUUGCAUGCCAAUCUAACUGAUAAUUCCUCCCAAAGUAUCCUCAAGAAGGGACGUAAAAUUGCAACUGAAUGCAAAAGACUACCAGUUGCAAUUGCUACUGUUGCUAGCAGUUUGAAGGGACAAAAACGCCAUGAAGAGUGGGACAUUUCACUAAAGACCUUACAGAAGUCUGUGUCCGUGGGAGGUGUUGGUGAUGAUUUGGUUGAUAUUUAUAAAUGUUUGAAGUUUAGCUAUGACUUUCUGAAGGAUAAAAAAGCCGAGGGACUUUUCCUCUUAUGUUCUACAUUCCCAGAAGAUGCAGAAAUUUCAACAGAAGUUCUAACCAGGCUUGGCAUAGGAGUUGGCCUUUUAGGGGAUGAUUAUGGUAGUUACAAUGAUGCUCGAAUUCAAGCAGUUGCAUCAAAAAAUAAACUCCUAGAUUCAUGUUUAUUGUUGGAGACAGAGGAAGGAGAUGUGAAAAUGCAUGACUUGGUUCGUGAAGUAGCACAAUUGAUAGCAAAGAAUGAGAUUAAGAUAGUAAAUUUUUCCAACAAAAGUCAAAAGUCACAAGUUGAAAGCGAUAAGAAAAUGAAAUAUUUGAUAUGCGAAGGAAAUCUUAAGGAUUUAUUUGCAUCUAAGUUUGAUGGUUCUGAACUUGAGAUUCUAAUUGGCGACAUGCAUAUGGAGGACAUUCUGCACAUCCCCAUUUCAUUCUUUGAAAAUAUUCCAAGGCUUCGUGUUUUGAAUUUAUCAUGCCAUAAUUCUUAUGAUCAUCCUCUAUCAUUACCACAAUCAAUGAAGCCAUUGUUGAAUAUUCGUUCUCUAUCAUUUGGAAAAGUUGAUUUGGGUGACAUUUCUGUUUUUGGAAGCCUGCAAAGUCUUGAGACUCUUGAGUUGAACUAUUGUGCAAUUAACGAACUUCCUCCCGAAAUUGAAAAACUAGAGAAUUUUAGAUUGUUGGAGUUGAAAAAUUGUGAAAUUAGAAAUAAUAACCCAUUUGAAGUUAUCCAAAGAUGCCAAUUACUUGAAGAAUUGUACAUCUUGAAUAGUUUCAUUGAUUCUUGUAAGGAAAUAACCUUACCAACAUUGCAAAGGUAUCAUCUCAGCAGCUAUUUCUGCGAUUAUGAUUAUAUGAUGAAAGAUACAAUAUCAAGAUGUGUGUCUUUGAAAUGGGAUUAUUUCUCAGAAGCAACAUUAAAGUAUGUGAUGGAAACAACAGAGCUUCUUCAUUUGGAAGGAACCGACAAGGGAUGGAGAAAUCUCAUGCCUGGGAUUGUUCCUAUAGAUAAUGGUAUGAAUUAUCUAAUUAAACUUGUUUUGAAAAAACUUCAUCAAGUACAGUACCUGGUAGACACGAAACAUAAUAAUUCUGAAGUACCAAGUGUCUUCUCCAAGUUGGUUGUACUAGAACUCAAGGAAAUGAAGAAUUUGGAAGAAUUAUGCAAUGGUCCCAUCUUCUUUGACUCUAUGAACAAUUUAGAGGAGCUAACUAUCUUGAAAUGUGGAAUUUUGCGAAGCUUGUUUAAAUGCAGCAUAAAUUUCUGCAAUCUAAAGAACGUGACCUUAUAUUCAUGUUGUAUGUUGGUUUCUGUUUUUGAUAUGUCAACUUCUCGAGGCUGCCGCUGUUGGAGAAAUUGGACAUAUAUGAUUGUGAGCAGUUGGAAAACAUAAUUACAACUGAAUGUGAAGAAAUAGUUGCCGCUGAUAA